GUCCAGUGAAACCAAGGCGGCAACAUGGCAGAGUACACAGACCCACGCGCCGAUGCAGCUGCUGAGGAGAUGCCCGAGCUUUCUGACGGUGAUGAUGAUGACAUUGAUGAGGAUGAAGAGCAGUGGCAGUGGAUGGAGGAGGACAGUCAGCCAGUUACCUGUCUGUUCUGUGACAGGUUACUGAGCUCUAUACCUGCCACUUUGCAGCACUGCACAGCUGAGCAUCAUGUCAACCUCAUAGAUGUGAUAAGAAAACACAGUUUAGAUGACUACGGAUACAUAAAGAUGAUCAACUACAUACGAUCAACAAAAUGUGAUGCGUCCUGUCUGACGGGGCUGCCAGACGCUCCCUUACCCUGGGAGAGCGAAGACUUCCUGCGGCCGAUCCUACAGGACGACCCCCUGCUGCAGACGGACCCUGAGGAGCUCUGUGGCACUGAGGGGUCGAGCGUGUCAGUGUGCCCGUUGUCUGGGGCUGGUUCCCAUAAUGCACUGCUGCAGAGGGCACAGGCCGCUGAGGAGAGAGCCCGUCAAUCAGAGGAAGCGCUGUCCAGAGCCAUGGACGACCUUCACAAGCUCAAGCUGCUGGCUCAGGGUUUGGUGCUGAAUGCAGAAACCAGCAGAUCUGGUAACCUGGGCACUGUGGCCGAGCUCAGAGAAGACGAGGACGAGGCCUACUUCAGCUCCUACAGCCAUUACGGCAUCCACGAGGAGAUGCUGAAGGACAAAGUGCGCACAGAGACUUACCGCGACUUCAUGUACCGCAACCCUGAAGUGUUCAGAGACAAGGUGGUGCUGGAUGUGGGCUGCGGGACCGGCAUACUGUCCAUGUUCGCUGCUCGCGCUGGGGCCAAGAAGGUUAUAGCAGUCGACCAAUCAGAAAUCAUCUAUCAAGCCAUGGACAUAGUCAGGUCCAACCAGCUGGAGGACAAGAUCACUCUGAUCAAAGGCCGCAUAGAAGACAUCAACCUCCCUGUGGAGAAGGUGGACAUCAUCAUCUCAGAAUGGAUGGGUUACUUCUUGCUGUUUGAGUCCAUGUUGGACUCCGUCCUGUACGCCAGAGACCGUUACUUGGCUGAUGGUGGAGCAGUCUAUCCAGACCUUUGUAAUAUCAGCCUGGCAGCGCUGGGCGACACGCAGAAGCACCAAGACCGCAUUGCAUUCUGGGAUGACGUGUAUGGCUUCAACAUGGCGUGCAUGAAGAAGGCCGUGGUGCCUGAGGCAGUGGUAGAAGUGGUGAAAGCAGACACUCUCAUCUCUGAACCUACAGUCAUACAGACAAUUGACUGUAACAGUGUGUGUCUGUCUGAGCUGGAGUUUGCAUCAGAUUUCUGCUUGAAGAUAACGAACACUACAGACUGCACGGCAGUUGUCGGCUACUUUGACAUUUUCUUUGACAAAGGCUGCAGCAACAAGGUGAUGUUCUCCACGGGUCCUCAAGUCACAAAGACGCACUGGAAACAGACCGUAUUCCUACUGGAGAAACCUAUUUCUGUACAAGCAGGGGAGGAGCUUCAGGGAAAGAUCACCGUGCGUAAGAACAAGAAAGAUCCUCGCUCGCUGUUGGUCACCUUUGACCUCCGAGACAGGAAGCUGACUUACAGCCUGCAAUAACGUCAUGAUACAACAUCCAACAAAUACAGCCCACUUUUUAAUGGACCAUUCAGGUAUUGACAAAAUGUAGGAGCAGGAUAGGAUUAAACUCGUGAUUUUGAUGUUUCAGAUGUUAGAAUUGUUUCUUUACCUUCUAAUAAAAAAUGUUGGAUG